UCUUGACUUGCUCCAUUAAUGGCCUCGAUAUAGGUGCUAAAGUAAUUUGCUUUUCUCUUUUUUUUUUUCAAUAAACUUCUCAUCACCACCAUCAUCCUAAAUCUUUUUUGUUCUCACUUUCCCCCCUUCAAUUUGCAAUCACUUAAUUUCCUUUUUUUGGUCUUCUUAUCACUAUCGUCGUUGUCGUCAUUUGUGAUACUUUCUACUGAUGGAUUCUGUAAAACCAUCCGCGGUGACUUCGAAGAAGAGUAAAUUUGCACGCAACGUAGCCAAAGUUAUUCAACUUCGAGCAGCAACUGGGAUUGCUCCUGCUGAUGGGGUUCAGAAAGUUGUGUCCCAAGAAGAGGUCAAGCAUGAUAAGCAUCACCGUAAAAGUGCAGCUAGCCGGCCUCAGCCAUUUGAUAUUAAUAAUAUUGAUGAACAUCAAAAAAGUUUGGCCUUGGAAGCACUUGUUGCCAAAAUGUUCGCUAGCGUUUCAUGUGUUAAAGCUGCAUAUGCCCAGUUACAGUAUUCUCAGUCUCCUUAUGAUGCUGAUGGGAUUCAAGCAGCUGAUCAAUUUGUAGUCUCGGAGUUGAAGAAUCUGUCUGAGUUGAAGCAGUGCUAUAUAAAGAAACAGUUUGAUCCUUCUCCUGAGACUGCUCUGGUUUUGGCUGACGUUCAGGAGCAGAAGAGUCUUUCAAAGACCUAUGAGGUAAUGGGGAAGAAAUUGGAGUCUCAGUUAAGGCUCAAGGAGUCUGAAAUCAUGUAUCUGAGAGAAAAAAUGGAGGAAUCUAAUAGACAAAACCGAUUACUUGAGAAGAGGUUAAAUAAAAGUGGACAUUUAUCUAUGCCUGACAAUCUACGGCUACCAGGCUUAAGUCCCAGCCAUUUCAUUACAGUUCUUCUACAUACAGUCAAGUCUAUUCGAAGCUUUGUUAAGUUGAUGAUUGAUGAGAUGAAAUCUACCGGCUGGGAUCUAGAUGCUGCAGCCAAAUGUAUUGUAUCUGAUGUGGCUUACCGGAGAGCAGAUGAUAAAUGUUUUGCAUUCGAAAGCUUCGUAAGCAGAGAGAUGUUCGAUGGUUUCCAUUUGACUAAUUUCUCUCCCCAAAAAGAAUCUCCACCAGAGAAAAAGAAUCAGCAACAGUUGUUUUUCAAGAGAUUCGUUGAACUAAAAUCAACGAAAGCAACCGAAUACAUUGCCCACAAGCCCAAAUCAACAUUUGCAAAAUUUUGUCGUGCCAAGUAUUUGCAGCUUAUUCACCCCCAGAUGGAAACAUCCUUUUUUGGCAACUUGAGUAAAAGAAGCCUCGUGAAUUCAGGUGAAUUUCCUGACACUAUUUUUUUUACCACAUUUGCGGAAAUGGCUAGGCGGGUCUGGCUUCUACAUUGCCUGGCCUAUUCUUUCGAUCCUGAAGCCUCAAUCUUCCAAGUCCGUAGAGGGUGUCGUUUCUCCGAAGUUUACAUGGAAUGUGUCGCCGAGGAUGCACUUCUUUCUUCAGAAAAUGCACCGGACGUCGACCCAUCAGUUGCAUUCACUGUAGUUCCUGGGUUCAGGAUUGGUAAAACUGUUAUUCAGUGCCAGGUGUAUCUCUCUCCGCUACAGGCUAAGGUAAACCGUGGAUAAAAACUUAGCAUGGACCCACAACAUCGAAGAAUGAACCGGUGCAGGCCAUUGUCGUGAUUAUUUUGAGUAAACAUCUGAUUAUACGCCUUGUUGCUAAGUGUUUAUUGUGGGGUCUUGGAAUUGUAUGUAUGCAUGGUGACUUGGGGCAGCUUGUCUUUGUAUUUUCGUGGCCAUUUUGAAAAAAGGAAAGCGCGUGGACCGUUGUUAGGAAACAACUUUUGAAUCUUUUAUUUCAAUUAUGAAAGAUCCUCAAAACAAUUUUGUUAACAUUAGGCCAUUGACAGAAGGAUUGUUCAGCUGCAUUGCACCAUUUCCCUGUGUCUUGGAUGCUUUCAAUGUACAGAGUACUAUAUAUAAGCAUAAAUGUUGAUUUUAUAAUCACAUAUUUUAGUCA